AUUAAUACAGGUAGUAAGGAAGUCAUUUGAAUAGAGAAAAGUAAGAGAGAUAGAGAUGAGGCAAGAUGUUAUUUUGUCAACAAGGAUGAAGAAGGAAGUGCCAGAUUCUUCAAAAGCCCCUCCUCCCGAUUUCCUGGAUGGAAGAAAAGGAAGCUAUGAUGGCAUCAUGUGGGAACUCAAAGGGAUCUUGGGCAUGGAUCAUGAACUAGAUGAUGAUCAUGAAAAUGAAGAAGAAGAAGAUUAUGAUCAUCAAGUAAUUAAUGUAGAAGGACCUUCAAACAAAGGAGGAGAAGAUAUUGAUGAUCAUGAGUACUGGGAUUUAUUAUUAAAAACAGAUACUAACUAUGGUGUGGAGGAAGAAGAAGAAGAUUAUCAUCAUGAUCAUGGAAUUCUUAAGAGAGCACCACCAUCAUCUUCUUCUUCACUGAAACUGAGCUUGAAUUACCAGAAAGUGUUGGAUGCUUGGUCAGAUCGUGGACCCCUUUGGGCCGAUAUUAACACAUCUUCACCAGCCUAUAUGGGAGAGGUACCAGAAUUAAUGGAAGUGGAAGGAGAUGAAAAAAGAUUUAAUAGAAUAAGAAGAAGAGAAGCCAGCGUUUUGCGAUACAAGGAAAAACGCCAAUCUCGCUUCUUCUCUAAGAAGAUACGAUAUCAAGUUCGCAAACUUAACGCCGAUCAAAGACCUCGCAUCAAGGGUAGGUUCGUGAAAAGGAGUCCGGAGAAGAUAUUUAUAUGAUGGGCCCUUAUCAAAAAAAAAUAUCUUACAAAAAUAUCUUUGACCUUGUUGUUCCUUAUUUUGCAUGUAAUAAUAAUAAUAAUAAUUAAUUAUUGUUUUUUUUUCUUGUCUUCUAUAGAAGAAGAAGAGUAUCUCACAACACUACUUUUGCUGCAUUAUUUAUUUAUAAUUAUUGUUGUAAUAUGAAUGGUGUUUAUCUUUUUCUU